AUGCAGCUAACGGUGACGACAGCGGACGAUCGGAUCGUCAUGAUCCAAGUCGACAACGACGAGCAGGUGGAAAACGUGAAGGCGAUUUUAGAAGUCGAGACGGGCAUUCCCUUGCCGCAGCAAGCGCUGCUGUUCAACGGGCAGCUGCUGCAGAACCACCAGCGACUGAACGCGCUGGGUGUGGCGGACAACGACCUGCUCUUCCUCACACGGCAGCAGCCAUCCCAGCAGCGCGCAUCCCAAGGAGGAGCAUCACAGCCCCAAGCGCGCGCACCAGGAGCAGCGGCGGCAGCGGCAGCGCCAGCAGCGAUGGCGCAGCAGGAGGAUGGGUCAGCGGUGGACCCUCAGGCGUUCCGACAGCACGUGCUCAGCGACCCUGACCUCAUGGCCCGCCUGCUCAUGAGCACACCGGAGUUGGGCGAGGCGAUAAGGGACAACAAGGUGGAGGAGAUGCAGAAGGUGCUGCGCUGGAUGCGGAAGAUGCAGAACGAGAUGCGCCGCAAGGAGCAGGAGGAGCAGGAGUUGCUAUCAGCCGAUCCAUUUGACCCUGAGGUGCAGCGGAGGAUAGAGGAGCGCAUUCAGCAGAAGAACAUAGAUGAGAACUAUGCAGCGGCGUACGAGCACGCCCCCGAGCAGUUCAUUGCUGUCCACAUGCUGUAUGUGGAGAUGGAGGUCAACAACUCGCCCAUCAAGGCGUUUGUGGACAGUGGGGCGCAGCAGACCAUCAUGUCACAGCGAUGUGCUGAGCGAUGCGGGCUGAUGCGGCUGCUGGACCGGCGGUACGAGGGGGUGGCGCGGGGCGUGGGCACGUCCAAGAUAGUGGGGCGCAUCCAUACCGUGCAGCUCAAGAUAGGAACCAACUUCUACAUGUGCAGCAUCACGGUGUUGGAGGCAGACAACGUGGACUUCCUCUUUGGUCUCGACAUGCUCAGACGCCACCAGUGUUGCAUCGAUCUCAAGGACAACGUAUUGCGAGUUGGAGGGGGUGAAAUAGCAGUGCCCUUCCUCUCAGAGAAGGACAUCCCGGCCUUCCUCACCGCAAUGGACCAGGACCCUUUGCCCGACUCCGCCACCCCUGCACAGCCCUCCCAACCCUCCGCUUCCGCUGCUGGUACCUCUGCACCCGCUGCACCCUCCGCAGCACAACCAGCAGCAGCAGGCACAGCAGCAGGGGGUGCUGCGAGUAGCGGGGGAGGGGCGCCAGCAAGUCAAGGCAGUGCUCCGGUGUCAGCAGCAGCAGGUGCUGCAUCACCAGCAGCAUCCGGUGGGCAGGCAACACCAGCAGCAGCCCCAGCAGUGUCAGCGCACGAGGUGAAGGUGCAGCGGCUGAUGGAGCUGGGGUUCCCCCGGCAGCUCGUGGAGCAGGCUCUUGCACUCACAGGGGACAACGAGGAGCACGCUGCUGGCAUACUCUUUGCCAGCUGA